AUGUCAUUAGAAAAAAUCAUCAUAAUUGGUGGUUCAUAUGCCGCAAUUUUAGCAUUAAAAACAAUAUUAUCAUCUAAAACCAAAAAGUUCGAUAUAACAAUCAUUUCCCCAAAUGAAUAUACUUUUUUCAAUGUUAGUGUACCAAGAUUGUUAAUAGAUAAUUCAUUAAUUGAAAAAACUUUAUUUCCAAUUAAAGAAGUUGUGGAAUAUUUAGCUAAGGGAACAGGUAAUAAAGUUACACAUAUAAGAUCAAGUGUUGAAAAAGUUGAAUUUGAUACUAAAUCAGUGAUUGUUGCUAAUGGUGAAAAAUUAAAUUAUGAUUAUUUAAUAAUUGCAUCUGGUUCAAGAUCAACUUCUCCAUUAUGGAAAUUAGAUUCAACAAAGAGUAAUGAUUAUAAUUUAGAUUCAAUUAAAGAAUUUACUGAAAAGAUUAAAACUGCUAAAACCAUAGCAAUCAUUGGUGGUGGUGCAACUGGUGUUGAAACUGCUGGUGAAUUAGGUACUGAAUAUUAUGGUGAAAAAGAUAUAACUUUAUAUACUGGUUCAUCAGGUCCAUUAUCAGAAACAUUACCAAACCAUGUUGAUUCAGCCACACAAAAAUUAAAUAAAUUAGGAGUUAAAAUUAUAAACAACGAAAGAGUUAAACCAGAAGGCAAUACUAUUAUAUUACAAAAUGGUACCAGCGAAUCAUUUGAUUUGGUUAUAGAAGCAUUUAAAUUAAUUCCAAAUACUGAAUUUUUAUCAAAAAAUUAUUUAGAUGAUCAAGGAUAUAUUAAAACAAACAAUUAUUUUCAAAUCCCCCAAAUAAAAGAUGUCUUUAUUAUUGGUGAUGUGUUAUCAAUUGGUUUACAUUCAAUAGUAGAUUUAUCAUAUAAUCAAAAACCAAUAUUUGAAAAAAUUAUAGAAAAAGAAAUUUUUAAUAAUAAUAGCAUAGUAUUAAAAGAAUAUCAAAGACCUACAACACCUACCUAUUUAGUACCUAUUGGAAAAAAUGGAGGAGUUGGAGCUUUUUAUGGUUGGAAUUUUCCUAAUUUUUUAGUUUGGUAUUUAAAAUCAAAAGAUUUUAUGAUUCCUAAAGCAAAAAAAUUUUUAACUUAG